AUGAGUCAUGCAGAAUAUAUAAUGAUAGAAAAAUAAUAACUAUUAGAAUAAAGAGCUUUAAUGAGAAAAUAAAUAGAGGAAUAAAAAAGAGUUUUAAGUGAGAAAAUGGAAAAAGUUCGUUUGGGAAAAAUAGACCCUAAAUAAGUAAUAAGUUAAUUUAAAAAUGAAUCAUAAUAUUAAAAUAAUGAUUCAGUAUAAAAAAAAUCAACUUAUAGUAAUAAAAAUGAAAAAAAUAACUCAAUUAAUGAAAUUUCUAAAGACAGGCCUUAAUCAAAAAAUACUCAGAAAAACAAUAAUGGUAGUUAUAAAAAAUAAGGACCAAAUUAAUAAGAUAAUUCUUCUAAUAAAUAAACAAAUGAUUUAAAUAAAUAAAUUGAAGAUAUUAAAAUUAGAUAAAAUCAAGAAAUGCUAUAAUUAUUAGAAGAAGAAUAAAAUGCGGAAUAAGAAAGGGAAGAAAUGAUGGAAAGGGUUGAAGAUCCUUCAGAAUAAAGAAGAUUGGAGAAAAUUUUUGGAAUGGAAAGAGCAAAAGCAUAAGCAAGAAUAUAAAAAUUAUCAGAGUAAACAAAUAAAAUUUAUUAUAUUAUUUAAUUAGUUUUUUUUUUUUUUUUUUUUUUUGUAAAAAAAUAGCCAACAUGA